GCCGCCGGCUACAACUACAGCUACAGCGCGGGGGUGCUGGUCGGCAACUGGAACGAGGACGUGUGUCUGGAGGAGGGCCUCCUGAAAGACUUUCUGCACAAGAGGGAGCGAGGAGAGCUUCUCAUCCAGAAGUCACGGAGCCUGAAAAAUAACCUGCUGAAGAAGAUCCCGCUAUCCAUUUCUAAGGAUGGAUUUGUUCACUUUGGAGACACUGUGAUGCUUGUGAACCCUGAUAACAACAAAUCACCUAUGGAGAAUUACCCUGCAGUGUGUGGCAAUCUAUCUCUGGCAGUGCUUCCAGAUGAAGUAGCAGUGCAUACGGCCGAUUCAUUACAAGCCUCCUGUGGAGUGAGCGCCAUCAAAAGCAUGAACCCUGUUGGUCGAAAUACAUUUCGUAUCUUAAGCGUGGAAGGAAAUUCAAUGGGUGAACCCAUUAGAUUUGGACAGAAUUUUGGUCUGGGAGCAACAGGGGGUUUUGCAGAUCAAAUGUUAUAUCUAGGAAGUGACCAUAAAUCAUUUAUGAGGUUUGCUAAAAAAUCAUACCUUCAGCAAGUGUUUUUGACAGAUGAACUCUCUUACCUGACUUGUUGGCAAGCUACCUUUUUGGAUCCACAGCUGCGCUUAGAAUAUGAAGGAUUUCCUGUUCCUGCAAACAGUAAACUCCUUAUCACCCACUGCCAUACAAAUCGGGGCUUAGCUGUGCCUAGGAACUAUUGGAUAAGUUCAUACUUUGGAAAGGAAUAUGAAGUCAUUUGUCACACUUAUCUGGAUUCCCAUAAAGCUGAAGAAGAUAAGAAUUACUGGAUAAUAGUUACUGGGAAUCCCAGUGAUGAAGAAAGUACUAUGUUUGAUAGGCCUAAGCCACUCUCAGAGGAGACAAGAGAGCAUCCAUCAGAGGAGACCAGAGAUCGAGAAAUGAAAUUUAUGCAGGAACAUAAAAUGGAGUAGUCCAAGAUGAAACAUUUUUAUUUAUGCUUUUCUAAAAUGAAAAAUCUAAUCUGAUAGGAAUAAUUGGAGCUUCUAAUGCAUUUUGUGGCUUUUCUGUUCUCAUUUUAUUUUAAAACACAGAUUCUUUUACUUUAAAAGUAGAUAUGACAGUCUGCCAUUAGUUACACUAUCUACAGUGAAAUCAGUGGGUUUGCAUAAGAAUUUGGGCAACAAAUUUUGGUUACCUCCACAUAACCUACCCUCCAUUAUUUUUCUUAACUAAGUAAGGAUUGAUUUUCAAAUUUGACAUGCGUUAGUAAUACUGUAGCAGAAAACUUUAAAACUAACAGAUUCGCCUUAUGUUGUUAGCCCUAAGAACUUACUUAAUACUUUCUUGCAAAUAAGGCAGUGCUUGUAUUUUUAAAGCAGGGGGUUACAAUAGUUUCCAAGCCAUUAAUAGUCAAAGGCAUAUCAGAAAGAGACUUUCUUACUUUACCAAUUGAGACAUUUUUAUCAGUGAAUGUCUUCCUUAUCUUGGCCAACAUCAUAUAGGCAUCAUAUAGGCUUUAUUUAAAAAGCAUGAAUCAGGCCUCAAAAAGAUCAUGAGUUUGGCUUUAAAAUGAUGAGAUUUAAAAAGGAAAACCAAAAAAUGAUACAGUUGAGGCUUUUACAUUUGCCUUUAGGAUUCAGAGCCAGUAAGAGUUAUGUAUUCAAGGCCAAAAAUCUUAGUUGCUUAUUUUACAUAAAAGUUGAGAUUGUCAUGAGUACAAGACAUUGCGCUUGAAGAAGCACCAAGUACUGUAAGAUUCAUGAUAACAUCAGAAGAACCACCAGACCACUGACAAUAGGUUUCGCAACAACUUUCAUAAAUUACAGUUCAACACUGCACCACACAUAAUGAAGCUGAAUGUUUGCAGAUUGCUUUUUGUCUGAAAGAGCUUCAUAAACUUUGCACAACUAGGAAUCAGACAUCCGCAGAAUGGAAGAACAGCAGGACUCGGGCAGGCUGUUGGUGCAAAGCAGGGGAAACUGGGGAAUUCUUGGUUAAGAUAUCAGGAUAAAUCUCCCUUGGAAGAAAUUCCAGUGGAUUUUUAUGGCUGUGCAAAUCGGACAAUACUUUGUUUUUUAAGGUUUAACUGUUAUAAGCACCACAGAACUUUAUUUUGGCAGAACGAAGGCUAAGUUGUACCUGUCGUGAAUCAAUUUUUCCCUCCAGACAGUCGGGUUCAAACCUUAUUCCUAGACUUUUAAGCUAUUAGCUUUGUCUAACAACAAUAAAAGGAACAAAAGUAAGUUUCAUUUGCAACUGGCUGCGUGGGCUAUUUGUAACUGUUUGGGAAAUUCACUUGCUAAUACAGUAAGUCAAAUGGAUUUUCUAGGAAGCACUAUAGGACCUCACACCAAAACAAGGAUAAAAGUGUCACCACCCAAAUGAAUGAUAGACAUGAGCGUAGAAAUCAUAUCUAUGUGGAUAGAGAGCUUUGCUAUGUAUUGUUCUGGGUAGAGAUGUGUUUUCAGAUGUGUGGGAGCAAAGUAAGAGAACUUUGACAGACGGAGACACAGCCAUAGAAGCACUGGUGAUGUGAAAAGUCUAGUGAGAAAGUUUAUCAGUUGAAUAUUGACUGAAAGGGCAUGGAUUUACAUGUAAAGAGCCAGUCUCUAGUCAUUUGAUCUCCCAGUGUUCUGGGAAACAGGACUUGGUAGAUUUUUUGGAAGAAAUCAGGAUUGCAUCAAAGAUACCACAUCAAUGUUUCCUUCUAACUAGAUACAAGACAUCAGUUUUUUGAUUAGCUGCUUAGACUAUGUAAUUUAUGCCAGUAUUAUAGUGGGUCCUUGAUGUUGCAGUAUAUAAAUUAAUCUGUUUAAUUUUUUUAUUUUAAAUCCAGGAUUUUUUUCAUAAUGUUUUUAGUGUGAUCGUAGAGUUCUCUGUUUGGCCACAAGAUGUCAUUGUUUUUUAAAUAGUGCAAAUGUUAGUACCUAUAUAAACAGCUUUACAUUUUUAAUCCAAAUUCAUACUUGAUAAAACUCUGUAAAAGUUAAUCAAACUAUAGCUGCCUAGAAUUUAGGCCCUUGUUUCCACAAUGUUGUGUUAAGUUGGUUUCUGAAAGAAAGCUAAUGAGAAUGCAAUACAAUUAAGAAUCAAGUUGUAUAUAGAGGGAGGGUAUCUUUAGAAUUUGUCUCACUUUCUAAAUGUGUAAAAACGCUGCAAUA